AUGUCGUCGCCGUAUGAAUCGAAACACGAAAGUCUGACAUCCUUGGGAGAAGAGAAGGGGGAAAACCCGGUGAAGGCGGAAGCCAUUCCUGCCAGAAGAACGUCUUUCUUUGGCAGAAUAAUGGGAAGAAGGUCCGAGUCGCCUGCACGGUCGAGUUCAGGAUCCCCCUCCAGAACGGGCUCUGGCGUAUCGAGCUUUAGAGAGAGCUCCUUGCCUCCGUUGAGCCCAUUGGAGCUCUCAGGUUAUAGACCCUCCACCAAGCACAGGCUCCUAGACAGCGAAUUGGCAGACAACAUUAGAAACCUACUUCCAGCGAGAUUACAAUUGUUCGACGAGUGGGAAUUGGUGUACUCGUUAGAACAGCACGGAAUUUCGCUAAAGACACUCUAUCGCAACUGCAACCCCGUCUACCAGUUGGAGCAGCACCGCAAGAAGAAGGCGGAACUGGGAUUUGCCGACUCUGUCAUCAAGGGUAUGGUUGUGGGAAGCUCUACACGGGACAAGAGUACUUCUCGACCCCAGGGAUAUGUGAUGGUGAUCAGAGAUGAAAAGGGCAACAAGUUUGGGUGCUUCUUGAACGAGAACCCCAAGGUGAUGGAUACAAAGAGAUACUAUGGAAAUGGGGAAUGUUUUCUCUGGAAGGUGGAAAAAUACUUUCCUGGCAAAUUGAACCAUAACAAGGAACAGGAAAAGAACCAGGAAGAUUCCACUCCACUGCAUAUAAACGACAAGGUCGAUACUCGAUUCAAAGCCUUUACGUAUACCGGACUUAAUCCUAGCAUCAUUUAUUCCAACAGUAGCUUCAUUUCGGUGGGGUCCUCUGGGGGACACAAUGGGUUGUGGAUCGACCAAUCGUUGUAUCUGGGGGUGAGCUGCGUAUGUGACACCUUCGGCAACGAGGUAUUGAGCGAAACGGAUCCUGGUGCCAAGGUGGGCAAAUUCAAGAUUAUGGGCCUCGAGGUUUGGAGGGUGGGGACCUUGGAAUAA